AUGAAACCUCAAUAUAGAAUCCAACACAAAUUUGGAAAAUUAAAAAAGCGGUUAAUAAUUACUCCAAAUAUACAAACAAAUCUCUCAAUAGAAACAAACUCUUUUCUUUUUUGGUUAAAAACAUACACGGCUUCUUCACAAGCCGCUCUCCUCCUUCAAAAACAGCUCAAAGACCUAAACCGUCAUCCGGUCGAAGGUUUCUCCGCCGGUUUAAUCGACGAGAACAACGUUUUUGAAUGGAGUAUCUCAAUUAUCGGUCCACCGGAAACUUUAUUCGACGGCGGAUUCUUCAACGCUACAAUGAGUUUUCCGACGGAUUAUCCUAACAAUCCACCGACGGUGAAAUUCACAACGGCGAUCUGGCAUCCGAAUGUUUAUUCUGACGGUAGGGUUUGUAUAUCGAUUCUUCAUCCUCCAGGUGAUGAUCCGAAUUUCUAUGAGCUAGCGAGUGAGCGAUGGACACCGGUACAUACGGUGGAGAGUAUUAUGCUGAGUAUAAUUUCUAUGCUUACGAGUCCGAACGAUGAAUCGCCGGCGAAUGUUGAUGCGGCGAAGGAAUGGAGGGAUAAUAGGGCGGAGUUUGUGAAGAAGGUGAAAAGAUGCGUGAGGAAAUCACAAGAGAUGUUGUGAGCAAAAAAUUUUUAUUUUACUUAACUUGCAAGGAAAAAAAAAAGUUCUUUUAUUUAUUUUUAUUUUCUCGUUUUAUUUAGAACUAUUUUACUUUUUUGGUAUUUAAAUUAACAAAAUUGUUUAAAAUUGGGAAAGAAUUUAUAGUUUCGUUUA